AUGUUAUCAUACUUGCAAGGGGAGAUUGAAGGUGAGACAGCAGUGAAGAAUUUGCCAGCAGCCAUUCUCCUCAUCGUGUGGUUUUUGAUGAUGAACUUGUCUCAUGAACUUCCGCCUACGAUCCAAAGUAUUGAGAAGGCCAUCGACUUCGACAUUACAGAGAACGCAAACUUCGCAUUCUCGAGUCCUCUCUACAUGGGGCACAAGAACUUCAUGGAUGUGAACACAUUUGCAGAUUGGUACUCGUGGAUGAAUUUGGGCUUUUCGGCCAUCUACUUCCCCAGCACGCACGCUGUUUCUGAAGGAGCAAACUUCAGCAUGGGAACACAGACGUUCUUGGAAGCCAGCACGUAUCUGAUCCACAAUCGGAAGAUCGGCGGCGUGCAGCUUUCACAGCAGAGGCUAUUCAGCUCGGAGUGCAGCAACCCAAUAGUCGCCAACGCGCUGGAGUUGACAUGUUUAGACUAUCGUGGCCUGGAUUUGAGAUUGAAACCUACAGAGCUGGACGUCUCACAGCAGGUUGUCGAGUUUCAGUUUCUGCCAGAUGCGCAGGAUUUCUACGAAGAUACGAACCGCACAGUCUGGAUCGACUACCUCAUGGAGUUUCCGGUAAGCCAGCAGCUGAGGGAGCUGGAGCAAAGUGGCUGGCUGGAUGAUGGCACCUACCGGGCCAAGGUCUCUUUCAUGACCUACAACCAGAUCUAUGACGUACUGACAACGACCAGUGUGCACUUCCUUUUUGCGAUCUCAGGCCAUAUCUUCAAGCAGAUCACACACCGGUCAUUUAAAGUGGCUGCUCAUUCAGAGUGGGAAAGCUGGCUCUAUGAGGUGCUCUUCUUCGGCCACAUUACCAUCAUUUUCCUCUGCGAAGGAUGGGAGGCUAUUUCUACACUGCGGGAGAACAAGUGGAAGUUGGUGAAGGCAUGGAAAGCCUACUGGAAUUUCUGGAAUGUGGUCGAUUGGGUCUCAAUCAUGCUUGCCUAUGCAAUUCUGAUCACCUGGAUCUCACAAUGCACAGGGCAGGAUGAGCUAUCGCUGACUUUGAAGGACUACUGGGGCCUCCAUACGAGCUGCCGAAACUCCAGUGGCAUGCAGAGCAGUGAGUGUUUGGCUGCCAGAGCCUAUGAUUCACAACUUUUCCAGCAAGUUGAGGAGCUGGGAUAUGUGGUCAGGGCCAAUCGCUUCAUUUCGGGCUUCUAUCCAGUUUGUAUCAUGAUGCGAUUGUUUAAAGCCUUUGCCGCUCAGCCUCGGCUUGCAAUUGUGACGAAAACACUGGCAUUGGCUGCAAACGACUUGACCCACUUCGGAAUUGUCUUCCUGUCCAUUUUCUUCACGUACGUCGCGAUGGGCAUGGCAUUUUUUGGUCGAGAAGUGGAAGCCUUUGCAUCCUUCGAUCGCGCAUGCCUGGCUUUGCUGGAAGCCUUGAUGGGCGAGUUCAGUGUUGAAGAAAUGGAACUCAGCGGGCGGCCAAUUGCAUUCUUCUUCUUCGGCACCUACAUGAUGGCGGCCGUUUUGCUGCUGCUGAACAUGCUCAUUGCCAUCCUCAUGGAUGUCUAUGGGCAGGUGGCAGCUGGUUCUCGCACGAGUGAGUCCCUUUGGCAUGAAUGCUGGGACAUCAUGCGACGUGGAGCGCAGAAGUGGACUGGUGAGCACACGCCGCUUGCUGAGAUUGUGAAGAAAUAUGUCGAGAAGAAUGGUCCAGAAUGUCUGGAAAGUGACAAAGUCAUCUACAUCGAAGACGUGCUGUCUUCAGUUCCAGGUCUACUUCGGAGACAGGCGGAGGAAGAGAUGACAUCUGCCUUGGAAGAGUUUGCCCUGGAGAAUACACCUGACAUUCAGAUCUCUGAAGUCAUUUCGACGAUGGGCAGAUACUUUGGAAACGGGGCUGCCUCCCCAGCAGUAUCUCCGCGAGAUUUAGAAAAGAUCGUGCAGCAAGUGGCAAAGUGCCCCCCCAAUCGGGGUGCUCUUGCGAGUUCGGAUGUCGACAAUGCCAACGUACAGCAGGCGGCUGAGGAGAUCGUUUGA